UAUUUUCGGUCCCAUUACAAAGAAUUUCCCCAAAAAUUCGCAAUAAUUAUUUGUCUAUAAGAAACAGCUGAUAAAAACAGAUAUAAACAAAAUAGCCGACUGAUGGAAGGCUGAAAGUAGCAGAAGAAUAUUUUAAAAAAUCAGUGGUGAAAUUGAAAGCAAAAGAAAAUAAAAAAACGCUGACAACUAGAAAAGCAAGCGAAAAGAAAUUAUGUCGGCCACAGAUUUUUAUGGUUGGGAUUUGUUAUUUAAAACAAUUGCCACACAAAUAAACAAAAAGGAUGACUUGCUAAUUGCAUUGGUUCAUUUUGUGUUGACGAAGAAUUCACAGUUUCGUUGCAUUGGUUUGGGGGACGAUAAAACCUUAACUAGAGAAGACGAAGAAUCUGGUUCAGAACUUUUGCCCGACAAUUGGAAUGAUGAUGAGAAAAAUUAUGCCCUGCGUUAUGUUCAUAAUAAGCAAUUGUACUUAUUGUUGGGUUUACGCACCGAAGGCUCAUUGAUUAUUACUUUAAUGGAUGUCAAGUCGCACAAGGUAUCCAAUAUCUGUCUAAAUGCCGAAGAAUUGGUUAAAGAACUAAAGGGAAGUUUGACGAAAAUGAUACCAACAGCAUCCGAGUUAACAGAUCGCUAUCGCAAGGAGUUAUUGGAACCGGUAUUUUCUGGAACAAGCCGUGAAGUUACAACCCAGACUACAACAUCAACAUCUAGUCCAGAUCAUGACCCCUUACGCGUUGGGGAACCAAGACGCCCAUUUGGUGGCUCAGACCCAGAUCCGCUGCGUAUUGGAGAACCCAGGCGACCAUUCGGAGGCCCUCCACCAUUUGGUUUCCCCGAAGUAGGCCGUGGGGAUUUGGACCCUUUGGGCCGUGGCGGUCCCGGUAACUUAUUUCCAUUCCCGUCACAUCCAGAAUUUCGUAUUGGCCCAAAUAAUGGACCACGUCCCCGUUUUGAUCCGUAUGGACCACCAGAACGUGGUAUUAGACCCAAUCCAAAUCCAGAUCAUUUCCCACCCCCUGGUGGUUUUGGUGGAGAUUAUUAUAUGUAAGAGCUGUUUGAAAACAACAAAUGGCUACAACAAAAACACUAAUUUAUAACACGGAUAAUUUUAUAAUUGAAUGAAGAAUUUUUAUAUUUAGCAGGAAAUAAAUAUGGGGAAAUUUCAAAAAUUAAUUUAAUCUUAGAAUUUGCAAGAAAAUGGCUUUAAGGAUAAGACUAAGACUAAGCUUUAAGGAUAAGAAGACAGACUUCUUGAAGAAAAGAGUGAAUAAAGGUGGCAGCAAUUUAAGCUUUGAAUUACAA